UGUCUCCUCGCGACAUUACGUAAAAACGUCACAAAGACUAACUGGAUUUCAAUGAAAACAUAGGCUUCUGUAUACCUGUAGAACCCGGCAUUUAUUUGUAUAGAAACAUAACUAAAGUGACAAAUAUGACGGAAAUAUUCUCAACUUUAUUUGGGCAAAAUGAAACUCAGGGACCACCCGGUUCGUCGUCCAUGGGAUUCGGACCAGGGAAACCUCCGCCGCCUCUCCCGCAGAGUCAAGUCUCUGUGGCGGGGCAGAUGCCACCGCAGCUCGGGGAUGAGGGGCCUCCCCUGCGGAAGUCCGGAGCCAUGAAUGAACCUUUUUACUUACUACGAGAACUACCUGUGGGAAACGAAUUAACGGGCAACACCAACCUCAUCACACACUACAACCUGGAGCAUGCCUACAACAAGUUCUGUGGGAAGAAGGUGAAGGAGAAGCUCAGCAACUUUCUACCAGAGUUACCAGGUAUGAUUGAUUGUCCCGGCAAUCAAGAUGGAAGCUCGCUACGGUCGCUGAUUGAUAAGCCGCCAGUAUCCGGAAACUCCUUCAGUCCGCUAACAGGCGCUCUGCUAACAGGCUUCAGACUACACACCGGGCCGCUACCAGAACAGUACAGACUCAUGCACAUACAGCCUCCAAAGAAGAAGAGCAAACACAAGCACAAGCACCAUCGCCCGCAGGACCCAUUACCACAAGAGACGCCAUCAGACACUGACCCCAAGAAGAAGAAGAAAAAGAGGGAUGACGAUCCCGACCGCAAGAAGAAGAAAAAAGACAAGAAAAAGAAGAAGAACCGCCACAGCCCCGAUCACACUGGCCUCGCCGGCUCACAGCCCAACAGCAACAGCCUCAGAUAGGCCCCAGCACCGCGUGUUUUGCACGAGCGACUUCUUUUUUUUUUUUUUGUUUUGGUUUUGUAAGCGAGUGUGUGUACAGAGAACUGUUAUUAUUCCAAGUACAGUACCAGGCAGUUGGGCUCAUUGAAAGGGAAGGGGUGUCUAAACCUUGAACUGGUACUGAUGUACUACUAUACUGCUGCGUGAUGCGUUCAAAGGCAGAGGGACGAACGUUGCAGUGGAUACUUUGGAUGUCAAUGUUAUAAGAACAUUUCAACUUAUUACCAAAAUGAAAUAAACUUCCAUUACAGUCUUUACUUUUUCUCCUUUCGGCGCGUUCGCUAGCUUAGAUUUAGAACACACCAAGCCAUUCACCGUCAAAGUCCAUUUGUAUUGGUUGAAUGAGUCUUCAACCAAUAGCAAAGAUGCCUUCAGUGACAUCGGGUCGUUAGACUUUAUUGUGUCCGACCCACUGAGGAGAAAUCCAUAAUUAUGGUCCAAACAAACAUCAGGUAUGCACAUAUUGAGAGGCAGAUGACAACAUAAACAUAAAAAACUUUACUCCAAAUUCAACCAAGGGUGUCCAAACUGCGGCCCCUGGCCCUUUUUUGAUCGGCCCUACAAUUAAACAAGAAAACUCAUUUUAAAAAAAAGCAAAAUGAAGAAAAAAGAGCAGUCAUUUUACAAAAUAUUAGAAUCAAGUGAUAAUUUCACCUUGUUUCCCUUGCUGGGAAAUGUUGGUACACCCCCUGUAUGAAUCCUUCUGGGUGGUCAUAAUACAGUCGUAAUACAGUCUUUCUCAAAUAGGGGGUGGGGGGAGUCAUUGUAAUGCAGACCUACCAACAUGUACUCAUCUAUAGUACUCAACAUGCAAUUUCACUCUCGAAUACGCUCGUAUGCAAUACAUUUUGUCGCAUUUUCCUGGUUUCAGUUCCGGGUGGGGGGUACAACACAACACGGAGAAUAAUUAAGAAGCGUUGCUGUAACGCGUGUUAGCCGGGAAGAACACUUUACUUUUGUGUUUUGGAGAUAUUGUAAAUAAAAACUUUUCCACAAAGGCUUCUUUCAUACAUUUUAUUGGUUGAUGAAAUGCACCAAAUGCUUGAUUACAUGAUUGCUGCUAAUAGACAAGCAUAGAGUAGUAGUAAUACCAAUGGGAUUACAUAAUGAAUGAUAAAAUACACGGCAAAGGACGUCGUCAGAGGUGCUGAUUAAAUGUCAGGAGCAAAACUUUCCUACCUCGGAACAAACAGUGGCAUGGGUUGUAAUGAAAUAGAUCGGAUUUAGCGAUCCGCGUUUUUUUGAUAAACUGCAGGAAUGCUAAAUCAACACCGCCGACACCUUCGAGUCGGUCGGGCAAAGGCACCGAGUUUAGACACGGUUCAGAAUAAAAUGUAGGAAAUGAUCAAAGAUGGCAUGUAUUCAACACAUACAAACACGGAAAUGCAUAGUCGAGAAAAAAAAUAAAACACAAAUCACUCUUUACAAACUGAUUGCAUAAUUCCAAGCUGCGUCCUAAUACAGCUCACGUGGCUUCUCGGCUUAUUUUAAUCAUAUAAACUAUCAUAAAACACAGCCGGCAUCACCUUGUUCACACACUGCAACAUACUGUACACACACACACACCAUAUAUGGUAAAGCCAGCGGACUAUAUCAGCAUAUAAACGCUCGCCUCGCUACUAUUUACACAACAGUUUUGGCAGGAUUGUUACUCGAGAAUCAACACGACAACAAAAGGCUUUUAAAGCAGGCAAUCAUCUUCGCAUACUACAAAACAUCGGCCGCCACUCCAACCAAUGCUUCCCUUUUUUUUUUUUUCUUUAAUGCUACUGCAGCUAAAGUAUAAAAAAAUACACUUUCAAUACAUAUUUUAUACACACACUAGCUCAUUUCUGUGCAUAAAAGCAGUACAAAGUGUUUCAAUAACACGUACACAUGAAUAUCAGUCAUAUUCAUAUACAAAAUAUUAAUGCCAAGGGUUCAUUCGGCUCCGCUGUGAGCCACACGAUGAUGCAAUGAUGGUGUUUGCGGACUGGGAAUUUUUCAUUUGUGAAAAAAAAAAAAAAAAGGACGGACAGACGGCGUCGUGGGCUGCAGAGAGACGGUACAAAGGAGGAAAUGGAGGAGGUAGAUAUGGCGUCUCUACAACCAGCCUAUGUGCAGAUUCAACGUGCUUGAAAUGUCUCUAAAAAAAAAAAAAAGAUGCUUCGUAGCAUCCCGACGUUUACGAAGCGGACCUCUGUAGAAAGAGCAUGAUUAAUUAUUCACGAUUAAUCACACGCUAUAUAGACUUCAUUCUGCGCGCUCAAACAAUACGACGAUCCAAGCUGCUCUUUGGUGUUAGCCAUGAUUUGUCUUUGAAGGGUUUCAAGUACCGUGAUGUCCGCAGAGUAACGGCGGGCCACCUCGGGGACGCCGGCGUGUCUUUGCAUCGUCUUGUCGGGUCGAACCUACAGUAUGUAUGGCUUUGGAUCGCACUGGUUUGGCUCUGUGACGUCCCCCACAAAAUAAAUAAACACUGUUAGUCCCCACAUCACACCACGGCAUCCACACGGCACACGGGCGGCUUUCGGGGAGGGGGCGUUCCUAUUUUCACGUAUAAUAGUGUUUAUAAUGACAUCUAUUGUCCAAAUAAAUCUAAUUCUGCUCGUUAUGAAGGCACAUACAAAAAAAAAAUCCUGAAAUUCCCCAAAUCCUUGCUUCCUAAGCCUGGACCGCUGCCUGGCCGUUGCUGUGGUGCUUGUCGUAGCCGUUGGCGUCCGUGUGGUUGAGCGCUUGCAUCUCCUGGCCGGCGGCCCUCUUGUCUCGGGCCUUCUUCUCCCUCACCAAGGACCUGCGGUGGUAGAAGAGGUAACCAGGCAACAGGAAGCCGGCCAGGGAGAGCACCAGCAGGCCCACGUUGAUCUGAUGAUGAAAUAGAAACAGGAAGUUAAAAAGGAGUAUUGGCGUAUGACAUCACGCAAGUGGUUCCCGCGGCUAAAACCGCCAUGAUAGCUCAUCAAUCAUCGGGUCCUCACCCAGUGAGGGUUUCCUUGAAGCGGGCCGACCAUGGCGAUGAAGAGGGGCUGCUGGAGAAGAGCCACCACGGCGCUGAUCAUGGACUGGAGGCCGGUAAGCGUUCCAAAGUGGUUGGACGGGUAUCUGAGUCGGGAGGGGGAUCGGAUGCUUACCAUGAUAUUUAUCACGAGACAUGUGUUCCAGGAUCCGGGAGAGAAAACUCACACAGCAGCAUAGAGACCUCCGCAGCAGGAGUGGAUGAAGCCUCGGACCAUGGUGUGGAGAAUGAAGGUCAGGAUCUAGAAGGAAAAAAAAAAAGCCAAACAUUCACGGCUUAGCUCCUCGCAGACAUGAAGCGUGUCAGUUAGACGCGUUCUCCACCUGAAGCGGAAGGCAGUCGAUGAGGGAGCAGCAUCCGAAAGCGAUGAGGAGCAGGUUGGUGAGGAUGAAGGCCCUCAUGGCGUUGGUCACUUUCUGGAUCUUACGGUCUCGCUUGGGUCCGCUUGAUUGGCUGAUGGUGUGGGGAUUAAUUCAUUAUGAAAUCCGACUUUAGCUCCAGACAUGCUAGGUAAGGAUCCCCUACCUUUUUUCCGUUCCUGCCGAGAAGGGCUUCUCCUCCUCGCACUCCUUCAUCUUCCAGUCCAUGAUGUAACCGAUCAAAGGACACGUGACCAAGCACAGCAGCUGCAGCGUGCCGAAUAUGGACGAGUAGAAGCUCACUGAAAGAAAGCACGAUCACGUCACCGAGGGAACGAAGACGAAGUUCAGACGCAGGACGCCGUCGCUGCUCACCUUUCUCUGCGCUCUCAGCGACCAACUGGUCAGAAGCUGAAAUGUGGAGGAACAAAAAGAACGUCAAUCAUUAAAGAGACAGUAUAGCCCUCCAUAUGGAGACUUGAGACGGGACGGGAGACUUGACACUGACGGUGCUCUUGGCCGUGCGUCACCAUGAACUCCAGCAUCUUGUUCAUGGCGCCCAUGAAGAAGAUGAUCCUCAGCUGGGACAUCCCCAUGGUCACCAGACUCCACAGGAAGAUGGGCGAGAAGACGGAGCGCCGGAACGGGACGGCGUCUGAUGGAGGACCACACAAGAGAGUUGUUCGAAUCCUGAUGGUCAUACAUGUUUUAUAACUCGAAGACAACAUCACAAGAUGUUCCUUCAACGUGUGGCCUGGGGGUCAUUUGUGGCUCAUGGCUGUUUUUGAUUGGCCUGUGUUCUUUUCCCGAUCCUAUACAACCCAUCUUGUAUGUGUUCCUUCCAGCACAGGAGAUCCAGUCGGUCAUGUGACCCGUAUACCGUAUCUCUAGAUUGUCUACGAGUCUCUAAUUAGUGACCUACUGCUCGCAACAUCGCCUCCAUUGGGAAGUUUCUCUGUGGAGUGUUGGAGGUCUCCAUUUUGUUCCCUCAGCCUCUCUCCAGCGCUCUUCUGGUCCGACGACGGCAGCUCUUGCAGCGUGAGGAUCUUACUGUAAGCCACGGGAAACACGCAUGAGACCACGAAGCUCCCGUGC